CUGGCACCAACCCAAAUAAAUUAAAAAUUAAAGAACCUGAUCAUAACAUACAUAACCUAAAAUUUGUUAUAAAAAAGUAAUGCAAAGUUACUGUGCAAUUCGUGUAAACAGUGUCUGGCGGAAGUUGGCAGCUGUGUUCAGCAGUUUGCUAAUGGUGAACUCGAGCUGAUCGAUGCUCACUAAAGUUUGUUUAUACAAUAAAAUCGUGUAAUUGUUUAUUAUUCAUAUCUUUUGUUGGAUUUAUAAAUUAAAAAAACAAUUAAUUAUAAUCAUGGGUUGUGAUGGAGGUACGAUUCCCCGUCGAGAUGAAUUGGUGCGUCUUAAAAAAAAGCCAGAACAGAAAGAUAAAAAUGCAGAGUUAGCUUUCAAAUGGAAACAUUGUACAAUAAAACAAUUACCAUUGCAAUCUCCAAUUGUGAGUUGCAGUCUUGGUAAAUUAUACAGCAAAGAAGCUGUCAUUGAAGGAUUGUUGGAUCGAUCAAUUCUUCCAGAAUCAGCAGUUCAUAUAAAAACAUUAAAAGACGUCAAAAGUUUGAACUUAACCCCAAAUCCAGCUUACGAUGAUGCUAAAAUAGAGAAAGGUGAUGAUUACAGUCAUAAUAAAAGUCCUUAUAUUUGUCCUGUCAUAGGAUUAGAAAUGAAUGGAAAGUAUAAAUUCUGUUUCCUUUGGACUUGUGGAUGUGUCAUGAGUGAACGAGCACUUAAGCAAGUUAAAACAACAGUUUGUCAUCAAUGUCAGACUCCCUUCGAACCAUCAGAUGUCGUCAUAAUGAAUGCUGAAGGUGAUGAUUUGAAUCUCAUGAUUGAAAACAUGCAAACAAGAAAAACAAAAAAUAAAAGCAACAAAAAAUCUAGCAAGAAACGUGCUAAUGCUGACAGUCAACAAGUUGAAGAGGAAAAAGAUCAGCUUGAUGAUGUCAUGAAAGCAAAUAAAACUCUAAAUGAUUCGAAACCUAGUUCAAAAAAAAUUAAAACUGAAGGAGUGAUGAAUGAUAGUACUAGUUGUUCAAGUAUUGGAAGUACUUCAAAAAAUAUUGAACCUCAGGAUCCAGCGUUUAAGAAAAUCAAAGAUAAUUAUAGUGUUGCUAAAGAUCCAAAUGCUUCAGAAGUAUUGAAAAGUAUUUUUACCAGUCAUAAAUCUGCUAAAGAACAAACAAAAGCUCAUUGGGUUACAUAUAAUCCAUUUUACAAUUGAUAAAAAUAUUGUAUAUAUUAAUAAUAUAAAAUGUCUAAUGGUAA